CCAGGAGCAGUAGUCUGUUUCCCUGGAGUAAGACAACAAGAACAUGUUCCGUUUUGUUACAAUUUGCGCCUUGGUCAGCUGUGCCUUUGCCGGUACCCUGCCCGAUGAAUUGGAUGGCCGUAUUGUGAAUGGUGUUGACACCACCAUUGAAAAGCAUCCGUAUCAGGUUUCGCUGCAAACCACUUCGGGCAGUCAUUUCUGUGGUGGUUCCAUCAUCAGUGAAGACAUUAUCGUGACCGCUGCCCAUUGCAUGCAAUCGUAUGCGGCCUCUCAAAUUAGAGUACGUCUCGGUUCGAACCAAUACAAUAGCGGCGGUGAAUUGGUUGCUGUCAAGACAUUCCGCUACCAUGAGGGUUACAACUCCAAGACCAUGGUGAAUGACAUUGCUGUCAUCAAAUUGGCCACUCCCGUUAGAGAGAGCUCCAAGAUUCGUUAUGUCGCCAUGGCUGAAAAGACGCCACCGACUGGCACUCCAGCUGUUGUCACUGGCUGGGGCACCAAGUGCUAUUUGACCUGUAUUAGCUUGCCCAAGACCCUGCAAGAAGUCGAGGUUGAUAUUGUCGAUGAGAAGGCAUGUGCUUCCAGUGAAUAUAAGUAUGGUUCGCAAAUCAAGGAGACCAUGGUCUGUGCCUAUGCCGUUGACAAGGAUGCCUGUCAGGGUGACUCCGGUGGUCCAUUGGUUUCUGGCGACAAAUUGGUUGGUGUUGUCUCCUGGGGUAUGGGUUGUGCCCGUGCUGGUUAUCCCGGUGUCUAUGCUGAUGUUCCAUCUCUGCGCAGCUGGGUUGUUAAAACCGCAAAGGAAUUAAUGAUGUUGAAGAGCGUAGUAUUAUUGGCCUGCAUUGCCUGUGCCUUGGGCGCUGCGGUACCCGAGGGUAUGCUGCCUCAAUUGGAUGGCCGCAUUGUGGGUGGUGUUGCCACAACCAUUAAUUCUUAUCCUUGGCAAAUUUCUCUGCAACGCAGUGGUUCCCAUUCCUGUGGUGGUUCCGUGUAUUCGUCCAACAUUGUUGUGACCGCCGCCCAUUGCCUGCAAUCGGUUUCAGCUUCGGUUUUGAAGGUACGCGCUGGUUCCACCACCUGGAAUGCUGGUGGUACUUUGGUCUCGGUGGCUGCUUUUAAAAAUCACGAAGGCUACAAUUCCUGGACCAUGGUCAAUGAUAUUGCUGUCAUCCGUUUGAGUUCUUCGCUGACUUUCGGUUCGACCAUCAAGUCCAUUGGUUUGGCCAGCAAGGCCCCAGCCAAUGGCGCUGCUGCUGUUGUUUCCGGUUGGGGUACCCAAUCUUAUGGUGCCGGUUCCUUGCCCUACACUUUGCAAUAUGUUGAUGUUAGCAUUGUUAGCCAAGCCUCUUGUGCUUCGUCAACUUAUGGCUAUGGUUCGGAGGUAAAACCCACCAUGAUCUGUGCCUAUGCCAAGGGUAAGGAUGCCUGCCAGGGUGAUUCGGGUGGUCCAUUGGUGUCGGGUGGUGUUUUGGUUGGUGUUGUCUCCUGGGGUUACGGUUGUGCCUUUGCCGAUUAUCCUGGUGUCUAUGCUGAUGUGGCUACCCUGCGUUCUUGGGUUGUCAGUGCCGCCGGCUCGGUUUAGGGCACGAGAUGCUACGAGAAGCUUUGAAGAAGUGAAAUAAAGAUCUAUACAUUUAUAAAAAUUUUAUUUUUAAUUAUUUUUUCCCAUGAGAAUGAGGCAAAUUUUUAUU